GGCCUGGGAUCUAGCCGGAGCUAGCCCUUCCAUGUGAACAUACCGGUUAUUCUGAUAUCAUUGCCGCCUGGCCUGGUGGGUGGAUGAUAGGUACGUUAUUAAGUUAUGCAGAGGUGCAGGCAAACGGAGAGACUCGUGGAUGGACUGGAGCCACUUGGCUAUGUAUAUGUAUUUUACUUUUUCCCCUUAUUGUUGUUUUUUUUUUUCUCUCUGCAGGGUAAUAGUACUUUUACUGAAUUCCCUGACUGUACACUUACUAUACAUACAUUCAAUAAGUACAGAUUUCGAAAGUACGGAGGGCACAGAGUGGAUACCUUCCGAUGCGCAGAUUUGCUGCCUGCGUACUCCGUGGUUGGGAGAUCUGGACCCGUAACCUAUGGAGGUAAAAACAGUGUCAAGAGAAAAUGCGAACAAAUUUGAAUUCACGGCGAAAGAAGAUAGAUAAUAUUGAUAAGUAAAGGAUGAGAUAAAUCUCACUAGGAUAACCGUUGACAAUUAGCUGAAGACGGCUACAGCGGCACUGAACAAAGGCGAAUCACAACUUGGAGACUGAC